GAUUCGUUGAUGUUUACGUCCUUUACGUCCGUACCGGAAGUAGGCGGAACAUCACGAAAUAGUAGGCUGCUGCCGUUUCUCCUGCGCCAGUAUGAGUGAUAAUAGAACCAAAGUGGUCCUGCUGGCCUGCGGGUCCUUCAACCCAAUCACCAACAUGCACCUGAGGAUGUUUGAACUGGCUCGAGAUCAUCUGGAAGACACAGGUCAGUACAUGGUGGUGAAAGGAAUCAUUUCUCCAGUCUGUGACGGCUACAAGAAGAAGGGUUUGAUUGAAGCCUGCCACCGUCUGGAGAUGGCCAGGUUGGCCACAGAAGACUCAGGCUGGAUUACAGUAGAUUCCUGGGAGGGCAUUCAGCCCGAGUGGGUGGAGACCGUGAAAGUUGUUCGCCAUCACUAUGAGGAACUGCUGGCAACGGAAAUUGACGAUGAUGUGGAUACAGUUAAGUAUGUAAAAAAGAGGCGCAUAGAAGAGAACUUUGAGGGUUCGGCUAAUCACAAUAGAAGAGAUGGUGUUCGGCUGAUGCUGCUGUGUGGAGCCGACGUCCUGGAGUCCUUUGGGAUUCCCAACAUGUGGAAGCCGGAGGACAUCGUUGAGAUUGUGGGCAGCCACGGCAUGGUGUGCAUCACCCGCAGCGGCAACAACCCGCACAAGUUCAUCCAUGAGUCGGACGUGCUGUGGAAGUAUCGCAAGAACAUCCACGUAGUCCACGAGUGGGUCACCAACGAUAUAUCAGCCACGCACGUGAGACGGGCGCUGCGUCGAUGUCGGAGCGUCAGGUACCUGCUGCCAGACGGCGUCGUUUGCUACAUCCGGGAGCACGGCCUCUACAGCGCUGAGAGCGAGCAGAAAAACGCUGAUGUGAUUCUAGCGCCUCUUCAGAGAUACUCGAGGGCCUCGUCGAGCUGAAGAUGUUUACAGCUGGAAGAACUCAAGAGUGAAAUGUCUGCAUUUAGUGCUGUAGGUUUACUGUAGACUCAAAACAAACAUAUCCAGUUUAUUUAAACUUCCACCAGUGCCUACUGUAUAAACAUUCUUUCUGAUAAUGGGUGCACUUCCUUGAAAUGUUUGGACGUAUGAAGUCAUUCAGUGUCGCUUUCACUUUGCUAUAAGUCAGCGUGUGUGGAAAAAUACACCAGUCAAAAACAAACUAAAAUGAGCAGCAGUUCACCUGCCUAAAUGCAGCUUUUUCCACCAGAGAUUUACAAUUCUGAGUGAAGAUCAACACUUGUCAGUUAGUAUUUCAUUAAAUAUGAUCACAAGCAAAUUCAUUUUAAUCUAGACUUGCUGUAACACAGUAUCUUUCCCAGUUUCUUCGGCAGACUUAUCUCAUCAUUUUUUGAGCCUAGAGCUGGAUUUUUCUGUACGCUUCCUCAGGCAAAAGCUAAAAGGAGGCAAUAGCGGCAUAAAAUGAAGGCGCGAUUUUUGUUACAAUGGAAAUAAACAGUGCUGUUUGUUUGUUUUUUCCACCUUGGAUCUGUUCAUCGCUGUUACGAUUAUCGCUCAGAUAAGAAGCUUUGAAUGCAGUUUAUUGAACCGACACAUUCACUGUUUGAAUAAAAUGCUGUUUUGGGGAA